AAUUAGACCAAGUUUUCCACAAGCCAGAAUUGGCUUGAAAGAAAGGCGAUUAUUUUUCCUAGCAGCCCCAGAUGUCCUUUCAUGGUCAGGCUUUGGAUCCAAUUAGAAAGCAGAGAUUUAUUGAGUACUGUUUUUGAGAAUUAUAAACAGAGAAGUAUGUAAAAGGUGUGUUACCUUUUUUUUCCUCAUUAAGGUUUUAUCAUGGAUUCAUCCUGAAAGUCAAGCCACAGUAACUCGGUGUAGCCAGCCCAUGGUUGGAGUGAGUGGAAAGCGAAGCAAAGAAGAUGAAAAAUACCUUCAAGCUAUCAUGGAUUCCAAUGCCCAAUCUCACAAAAUCUUUAUAUUUGAUGCCCGGCCAAGUGUUAAUGCUGUUGCCAACAAGGCAAAGGGUGGAGGUUAUGAAAGUGAAGAUGCCUAUCAAAAUGCUGAACUAGUUUUUCUGGAUAUCCACAAUAUUCAUGUUAUGAGAGAAUCAUUACGAAAACUUAAGGAGAUUGUGUACCCCAACAUUGAGGAAACUCACUGGUUGUCUAACUUGGAAUCUACUCAUUGGCUAGAACAUAUUAAG